AAUGAGAUCUUCGAUCGAUCAGCUCACUUAGAAUAUUUUGUUUUGUCUUUGUGUAGACGGCUCGUAACUUCUUGCAUUUUCAUCUGGUGAAGUAACCUAAACAUCAAUCAACAUGAACAGGCUAUUUGGAAAAGGAAAACCGAAGGAACCUCCCCCAAAUCUUACAGACUGCAUAUCAAAUGUGGACAGUAGAGCAGGCUCAAUAGAGAAGAAGAUUUCUAUGCUGGAUGUAGAACUCAAGAAAUACAAAGAUCAGAUGAAGCGUAUGAGGGAUGGACCAGCAAAGAAUACAGUCAAGCAAAAGGCUCUUAGGGUUUUGAAGCAGAGAAAAAUGUAUGAAUCUCAGUUGGACAACAUGAGGCAACAGUCUUUCAACAUGGAACAAGCAAAUUAUGCCACUCAGACCCUGAAGGAUACUAAAGCCACUGUGGAUGCCAUGAAGACAGGAGUGAAAUCAAUGAAGAAGGAAUUCAAGAAGGUCGACCUGGAUGAAAUUGAGGAUCUUCAAGAUGAGAUGGAGGAUAUGUUAGAACAGGCCAAUGAGGUUCAAGAAUCACUCUCUAGGAGUUAUGCCACACCUGAUGUAGAUGAGGAUGAUUUAGAAGCUGAACUGGAAGCCCUUGGUGAUGAUAUGUUGAUGGAUGAUGAUACAUCUUACCUGGAUGAAGCCGUUAAUGCACCUGCAGCACCCGAUGCAUUGCCUGGUGCUGAAUCAACACAGGAUGGGGUUCUGGUGGAUGAAUUUGGAUUACCACAAAUUGCUGCCACAUGAGAACAUGCAGCUACUCUUCAUUAAAUUCCUAU